GGCUGUUCGGCGGGGAUGAGGAGGAGGGCUGGGAAGGAGGACAGGCGGCAGCCCCGGGAGAAUUAGGAGUCCUGAACGUGGCCCGACCCGGUGGAAUAGACCAGCAAGGCCCUUUAAGAAUGGAGCCGAUGGGCCAAGAGAGCCAGGGGGCGGCGGGACCCCAGGAGGGAAGGGAAGAGACCCGCCUGGAGGAGGCGCCAGAGCCGGAGCCGAAAUACUCAGACCGCCAGAGCAGAGAGGACGGGGCUGGCACGCAGCCAGUCGGGCCGGGGGGCAGGGACACGGCGGCCGCGGAGGGUGAGGCCCCGGCGGGUCCCGCGGUCGCGGGGAGGAGAGAGGGGCGGGGGAAGUGGGACGGAGCGGAUGGGAAAGGAAAGCCGCGGGAGAGCGAGAGUGGGAAGGACCUGGGGAAGCCCGAGGACGCGGCGAGGAAGCCGGGAGACCAGCAGUCCGGUACGUCCCGGGAAUAUUCCCGGGAGAGGUUCCAGGAGAGGGCCGAGGGCACGGAGCAGGUCGAGGGGAAAUAUCCCCUGGAGGAGAAGCCCGACUGGCGGAAGAUUCCGACGCAGGAGACCAAGGAGACCAAUGAGAACAAGAUCUUCAGAGGGAAGAAGGAAACCUCGGCGGGCAGGGAAACCGAGCAGCUGUUCCGUCGGCCCACCAUCAGAUUCAGUAUCCGCCCCAGACCCAGCUCCCAGUCGCUGUGGUCUGACCACUGGCACCCCUCGCCCAGUCUCUUUAACCAGCUGGCGACCAUGGGCGACCCGGACGUCCUGGAGAUGGUGCAGCAGGAAGAGAGAAGAUCUAGUAGGGACGCAGACUAUUCUUUUGAAACGAAUGAGCCGAGCCUGGGCAGCAGAGAGACCAGCUUGCUCAUCGGUGAAGAAACAUUGCCUGCAAAGCGAUACAAUUUGUUCCUGCGGCGUCGUCUUCUGUUUAAGAAAGACAAACAAAGCAAAGAUUCUAUCUUCUUCCGAGAUGGGAUUAGGCAAAUUGAUUUUGUGCUUUCCUAUGUUGAUGAUAUAAAGAAAGAGGGAGACAUAAAGGCGGAAAGAAGAAAAGAAUUUGAACUUAAUCUCAAAAAAACAGGUCUUGAGUUGGAAACUGAAGACAAAACGAACUCUGAAGAUGGAAAAACUUAUUUUGUCAAGAUCCAUGCCCCUUGGGAGGUAUUAGCUACUUAUGCUGAAGUGUUGGGAAUCAAAAUGCCUAUUAAGGAGAGUGAUAUUCCCCGACCUGAGAAAGUCCCCUUUAGCUAUAUGCUUGGGCCUCUGAAGCUCCCAAGGAAUGUGAAGCAUCCUCAUCCUGAAUAUUUCACUGCCCAGUUCACCAGACAUCGCCAGGAACUCUUCCUCAUUGAUGACAAGUCAAGCUUCUUUCCAUCCUCAUCCAGGAACAGAAUUGUUUAUUAUAUUCUCUCACGGUGUCCUUUUGGCGUAGAAGAAGGGAAGAAAAAGUUUGGAAUUGAAAGACUGCUAACUUCGCACACUUACUCAUCUGCCUAUCCACUCCAUGAUGGUCAGUAUUGGAAGCCAUCAGAACCUUCUCAUCCUGUCAAUGAACGGUACAUGCUUUGCCAGAAUUGGGCUCGGUUUUCCUAUUUUUACAAGGAGCAGCCUUUAGAUUUGAUUAGGAAUUAUUAUGGAGAAAAAAUUGGCAUCUAUUUUGUCUUUCUUGGAUUUUAUACAGAAAUGCUGUUGUUUGCAGCUAUAGUUGGUUUAGCUUGUUUCGUUUACGGCUUAUUAUCAAUGCAUAGUAGCACAAGAAGUACUGAAAUCUGUGACCCUGAGAUUGGAGGUCAGAUUAUCAUGUGCCCACUCUGUGAUCUAGUGUGUGAGUUUUGGAGACUAAAUUCUACGUGUUUGGCUUCAAAGGUCUCCCAUUUAUUUGAUAAUGAGUCAACAGUGUUCUUUGCAAUAUUCAUGGGAAUUUGGGUCACAUUGUUUCUGGAGUUUUGGAAACAGCGACAAGCCAGACUGGAAUACGAGUGGGAUCUGGUUGAUUUUGAAGAAGAACAGCAGCAGCUGCAGCUCAGACCUGAAUUUGAAGCUAUGUGUAAACACAGGAAAAUGAAUCCAGUGACUAAGGAGAUGGAACCUUACAUGCCUCUACAUCGUCGUAUUCCAUGGUACUUCUUAUCAGGAGCCACGGUGACAUUAUGGAUGACUCUUGUCAUUGCAAGCAUGGUGUCCGUGAUUGUAUACCGCCUGGCAGUCUUUGCUACAUUUGCCAGCUUCAUGGAAAGUGAAGCUUCCUUGAAGCAUGUCAAAAGUGUCCUCACUCCUCAGAUCACCACAUCACUCACUGGAUCCUGCUUGAACUUUAUUGUCAUCUUGAUCUUGAAUUUCUUUUAUGAAAAGAUAUCUGCCUGGAUUACAAAAAUGGAAAUUCCUCGAACGUACCAGGAGUAUGAAAGCAGUCUGACCUUGAAAAUGUUCCUGUUUCAGUUUGUCAAUUUUUACUCAUCCUGCUUCUACGUAGCUUUCUUUAAAGGGAAGUUUGUGGGCUAUCCCGGAAAAUACACAUAUAUGUUUAAUGUGUGGAGAAGUGAAGAGUGUGAUCCUGGAGGAUGUCUAAUAGAAUUGACAACGCAGUUGACCAUCAUAAUGACGGGGAAACAGAUCUUCGGCAACAUUCAAGAAGCCAUUUACCCUUUUAUUCUGAACUGGUGGAGACGCCGAAAAGCUCGGACCAACUCUGAAAAGCUAUACAGUCGAUGGGAGCAGGAUCAUGACCUUGAAAGUUUUGGAUCUCUUGGGCUAUUCUAUGAAUACUUAGAAACAGUUAUCCAGUUUGGAUUUGUGACCUUAUUCGUGGCCUCUUUUCCUUUGGCUCCUCUUCUUGCUCUCUUGAAUAAUGCUAUAGAGAUCCGGGUGGAUGCCUGGAAACUUACUACUCAGUACAGGAGACCUGUGGCUGCGAAAGCUCACAGCAUAGGUGUCUGGCAAGACAUUCUUUAUGGAAUGGCCGUCCUUUCUGUUGCCUCUAAUGCUUUUAUUGUUGCAUUUACAUCAGACAUCAUUCCCCGUUUAGUUUACUUAUAUGCCUACUCAACAAAUACCAGUGACCCUUUGAAAGGAUACGUCAAUAACAGCCUGUCAGUAUUUCUGGUAGCUGAUUUACCAAACUACACUGCGCCUUCGGAGAAAAGAGACUUCACCACUUGCAGGUAUAGAGAUUACAGAUAUCCUCCCGAGCACGAUCAGAAGUACUCUCAUAAUAUGCAGUACUGGCACGUCCUUGCCGCCAAGAUGACGUUCAUCAUAGUUAUGGAGCACGUUGUGUUUUUAGUUAAAUUUUUGUUGGCCUGGAUGAUCCCUGAUGUUCCAAAAGAUGUUCUGGAGAGAAUCAAGCGAGAAAAGUUAAUGACUGUCAAGAUUAUCCAUGACUUUGAGCUUAACAAAUUAAAAGAGAACUUGCGAGUGGAUUCUAAUGAAUUUGCCAAGGAAGUCAUGAUUCAGGAAAACAAAGUACAGCUGGCUAAAUCAACAAUUUAGUCAACAUAAUGAGUAUGCAGCUGGUUGCCUGUCUGGCUUCAGUUUUCCCUGGGUUGGGGCCAGAGGCCAGAGCCAUGUGUCAGUUUUACCCCUUCAUCUUCUUUUUCUUAAAGUUUUUGUACACUUUUAUAGAGGCCAGCUUUGAGGUUGGAAGAAUACCACUUACCUGCUCCGUUGGCUGGGCCCUCCGUAGAGAUUAUUUCCUGGGAUUCUGUAAAUGGUUUUUAAAAGUGCAUGUGGAAUCAGAAUAUUGGAAAAUCAUCGAAUGUUGCAGUUUAUAGUUAAAUGCUGGACUUGGGCUGUCCUAUCACCUUCUAGUGCAUCUGCACAUUUUCGUGGUCUUUUAGUGGGUUGUUUUAUAUCUCUUUUUCCAUCAAGAAAAAUGUUGGGACAAAAAGUAAAGAAGUGAAGGGACCUAACGAGCCACUUUUUCCUGCCAUUUUACACUACACAAAUGAAAAACCAAAAUCGGAUGACAUAAGAAAUGCACAUAUUAAAAACACUGGGUAAAUAUCAUAGCGAGGGUUUGUUUCGGAAAUUGGCCUGAAUAAAUUAAACUUCCAUCAGAAUUCCAGGUGGUCCUUCUGGGUAAAUACAGAAUUGAUUUUUCAAGAGAGUUUGGGUUUCAAACGUUUGGGUUUCAACAAAAGACCAAGUCAGUAAUUUAAAGAUAACAUUUUGGUAACAGUAGUUUCAAAACUAGACUGUCUUGUCUGGAACAGAGCAUUAAGUUAUUAGAUUGCUUCUGGUCUUCACAUUAUGGAAGAGUGAAUGUCUCUUCUUAGUAGCUAAGGAAUGCGAGACAAUGUAUAUUAAUUUAUUUUCCUUAAUAUAAAAAAGUCUUUGAAUUAUUUUAAGAAAUUAUUUGUCUUCUACAAUGCCUGUUUUACAUCAUGAAGCCUGUUUGAGCAUUAGCUCUUCUUAUAAGUUAGGUACAAGUUGUUUAUGAAAUCUGAUCUCUUUGUUUAAAGCAAUCUCAAAUCUUUUAAUGAAUUUACAAUCUUUCCUAUUGAUUCAUACCUUCAAAGUUGGCUUUUGUCUUGUUGGUUUCUACCCUCACCAUAUCACCAAUUGCAAGUUUAAGUGCCACCUUUCUUUACUCUCUUGAGUUUGUUAUCACUAUUCCCUCCCUUUUAUUUUUGCCUUUGUGAGUAAUACCAUUUUUUUAAAUUCCUUUGCAAAUAUUUCAUUAGGUUUUCAGGAGGGAGCAUAAAGAGUAUAUUCAAUAACCAUGUUCAACUGGAAUUUCUGUGUUACAUGUUUUAGUGGCUUUUCCUUAUGCCUUUGACACACAAGUGGUGUUGUGGUUAUUGCUUUGAUGUGAUGUAAAAUCUCAAAUGGGAGCUGGCUUUAGAGAAGUUGGCAGUUUAACAUCAAUCACAGAGUUUAAUACCAAAAAUGGAUCAACUAAGUAAGAAGGUGGUGGUGAAUUUGAUAGCUAAGUGAAAAAAAUUUUUGUUGAAUAGUUUCUCUCAUACUUAGUCCUGUGUUAUAUGUACGCUAGUUUUGUUUUCCUUUCCCUUAAAAAAUGGCUUUAUUUAUAUUUUUUAACACUAUAGAGUGAGAGAUACACUUCAUUUAUGUAUUAUUUGAAUCUCUAGUUUCAAAUUGCACUUCGGUUCCAAAAGAAUAGUGUUUUUAAUUGCACAUGAAAGAAGAAACUUUAUCACAUGAUUUUCUUUUUUAAAGUAGUGUUUCAUUAUUUGACGCUAAUAUAUUUUUGUGGAAUUGCCAGUAUUAAGAACUGAGGAUUAUGAAUUUUAUAAAACCAUGAGACAGUUUCCCCAAUAUUGGCAGUAAUGAUUUGCCCUCCAUUGGGUAGAUUUUAUGAAUAUCUUUGUGUAAUUUGGAAUGAUUUCAUUAUUGAAGCAUGAUUUCAUUUCACCUGUGGAGGGAUAUAUUUCUUGGUUGAGAAAACCUGUCAGUAUUACUAUUACACAGAUGCAGUAUCUUUGGCUUGUUAAACUCUACAUUACUACGAUGUUGCACAUUGUGCACGGCUCAUGUUGUUUUCUUCCUGGGUGCUAAUAAAAAUAAGAGUGUG